AUCAAAUUUCUUCCUUGUAUGUAGUUUGGUAAAAUGAUCAUUUGGAUUUGCCCACCCGAUCAACUACAGGAUCUUCGCUAUGAUCAUUUUUUGUGGAUCGUCCAAAUGGAAACGUUUGAAGGUGAGCAGAAACAGAUAGAGAGCAAUGGAAUAUCAUCCACCACGACCACCAGGGUUGUUGACCACACGAACCGAAGAACACGCAUUUUUUGCACCAGUUUUCGGAGAUUCUUGGGAAUUAUACGUGAACAAUUCUAGUAUAACUACGAGGACUCUUAUGCUUUUACUUUGAUCUUCUUCUUUUUCUACCCUUUUGAGUAAAUACUGCUGUUUUUUUACUUGUCGUUUUGCCCUAGUCUAAUCGACUUCCGCUUUGAUGUUUUGAACGAUUUAGCCCUGCCAGAGGUCGUCGUUUUAUAAAUCUGUUUAAUUCAACAUCAUCACAACAAUGUCGGAAGCAGCUGCGCGAAGAAUGGGAAGCGAGGAGGUAGCGUUUUCAUCUUCGUUGCAGAAAACUGAAAAUGGCACCGGCCACGUGGAUCUGGAACACGGCGACGCCACGUUAUUUCGGGACGAGAGCAGCACAACUGCGGCGCUGCUUGACGAAAGCAACGGGGGAAAAUAUGAGCAAGAAAAUCAUGAUGAACAUGAAGGAGACCACCACUCUGGUGUUCAACAUCGACGCUCCGGGCUACUUCUGACCACACUUCUUGCUAGUGCCACGGUCAUUUUCGCUGCUGCUUUUGCCGUUGUUUUGGGUCUCUACGUGCAAGAAACGAUCCAGGUUGAGAGGCUCACGGAGCAGGUCGCGGAACUUAGGAGCGGCGGGG